AUGACCAAUGAAAUCAUCAUUACCUCCACUAUCAGGGUCCAGCCUUCACUUCAUUCUAAUGUCAGUCUUCACUUCGACCAUUUCUAUCACUCUGUACUCUGGACUCCUUACUCCCUACUCCCUCCUCACUCCUCCAAAGCAAAGCAAGUAAAAGUAAGCAGCGCAGCCUUGACCGCCAGCCAACUCUUCGGAGCAUAG